AUGUUGCAAAUCUCCGUCUGUGGUGACUCCGAUGAUGACAGUUCGAGAGGUGUUCUAGAGACUAGUGGUCAGUGGCUAGGCAGGAGUCGGGGGAAAUUUUAUGAAAUUCGCUCCUUUGAGUUUUUCUAUCACUCUAUCUUGUUUCUCGCUCUGUCCACUCUUGCCACCGGACUCCGCCGCAUGCCUCAAAAUUUGAAGUUUCACGGCAGCUCCUCAGUCAUCUACCCUCUGCAUCGAGUCAAAGCCUUAAUCUUUCUCUACUGUUUUUUUGAACAAAGAAAUUACAAGAAUUCCUUUUUAUUAUAA